GUGGGGGGGUGUUAGGUUUGGACGGAGGCGCAUCAACACAACAGCAUAAACGCACGUUGCUGCUAUCAGACUCGCACACACGCAGCUCCGUUUCCUUGGAAAACGCGCGCACAGUCUCUUUCACACAGUUUGCGACCUCGGGACUAUUUUGGAAGCGAACAGGGAGCGAAAAGGGGAUUCCUAUCAAUUUGGAGCGAAUAUAUUCCAGGGUGGGUAUCAGGCCGUGCAAUCAUUGACGCACACAGACAUGAUCUUCUCCAUGAGUGUCCCCUAAGAGGUGGACUUGUCAAGUCGCCAUGAUGAUGAUGCAAAAGCAGCAGACCAGGACAUCACCAGGGAGUGUGUUGUCACUGAGAGGCACCAACGUUCCAGGAUCCCCUGCUGCAGCAAUAGUUGCCAGGGUGGAUGAUGGUGUCAUUGGUUAUAAAGACUUGGCUGCGUUGCCAAGAGACAAGGCCAUUCUGGACAUAGAGAGACCCGACCUGAUGAUGUACCAGCCUCACUACAGCUACAGUCCCGAGAGGUCCUUGUCUCCUCGCUCUCUCUCUCCCCCUCCAUCACCAGAGAAAGCUCUUUCUAAAGGGUCCAGCGAGUGGCCAGAGAACAGAACUCCAGUCGGCUCCUCUCCCAGUUCUACCGCUGGCCGGACCCCCACAUACACACCCCACACACACUGCUCCACACCCACCACCCCCACCCCCACCCCCAACACCACCAACACCACCAUGCAACACUUUCACAGGCCAGACAAUGGGAGUAACAUCUACAAGAAGCCUCCAAUCUAUAAGACGGUGUUGCCCCCAGCGCUGUCGCAAGGGAAACAUAUCGAGGACCUGAUCAUUGAGUCGUCCAAGUUCCCCGCGGCCCAGCCCCCCGACCCCAGCCUGCCCUCCAAGAUCGAGACGGAGUACUGGCCCUGCCCUCCCUCCCUGGCUGUCGUCGAAACGGAGUGGCGGAAGCGGGGGAAGGGAGGGGCGAUAACCGAGGAGGAAGAUUUUGGCGACGACAUGUUUGAGCUGCAACAGCUUCAGACCAAACAACUUAACAAGAUCAAGUCAAACCUUGGGAAGAUCAUCCUAAAGGAGGAGCUGGGAUCGGCUCCAUUGAGAAAGAAGACCAGAUCCCUCCCUGACCCAACUGUCACCGGAGCCACAAGUUUGAGAUCUGCCCAUCUGCCAGAAUCCUCUGGGACCAGUCUGGCAAGGUCAACAGAAUUCCAGUCCGACAAAGGACUUCAGAAUGGAGACAGGAUGGACAGAGGCAAGUCCCUCCUCAGCGUGUUAGAGGAGAAGAUUUGGCCCUAUGAAAUGUUGGCGGUCACUCACAAGGGGAGGUGCAAGCUGCCCUCAGGAGUCGACAGGACCAGGCUGGAGAGAUAUCUGAGUCCUGAAGAGUUCUACCAUCUCUUUGAAAUGACCAUUGAAGACUUUGAUUGCCUCUCUCUCUGGAAGAGGAACAACUUAAAGAAGAAGAUGGCCCUGUUCUAGCACUAAGGACUACACCUCCCUCAAACAAACCUGUACAUUUUCUGGCCUGGCACAGUGAAAAACAAGACUAAAAUACUCCAACACCUGAUCAGGGCAGUCACACAAGCCUCAUCACUAACAAAAGGGAGUGACUGCUCAUAUGAUUGGUCAAGCUGCUCUAUGGUUCUCAGGACAACAACCCAAGGCAUCGAGCUCCUCUCAGCGAGCACAAAAGGGAGCAUGCAUCCUCUCACCUUUCGGCUACUUCUCGAUGUGCAACAACUACUUCAACCCACAUGAAAACACGGGCAUGUCAGAAAUCUACAUGCACAGUGUCACGUUAUUUCACCGAUCUCUAGAAAUGCGAUGUGAGCAGGAGUAGCAAUGGUCACUGGUUGUUCUCGCCCAUCCAGGGAAUCUUCCACGCAUCACUACCUUCUGCGUCACUUACUUUACUCUUCAGUCCUUUAUCCGGCACACAAGGCCGUCCCUCGUCCCACUAAGAGCAGAUGCCUUCUGGGAGAAGGUUCCAGAGGGUUUCAUGUUGAGGUGAGGCCCUCGUCUCCAAGUAGCCAAAGAGGGCUUUCUAUAGUCACACAAGAGUGGUUAGCACAACCCUUGAAAAGAGUCUAUGUUAAACUUAGCGUGAUCUGGCACCACCUUGUCCCAGCAUGCAUCUGGGCGUGCUCAGACAACACCCCCUCAUCAGAAGUCGGUGACAGUUGUGAUGUCAAUGCAGAUGGAAUGAGAGACGACAAGGGAAUACAGUCGUAUUGAAGCUUUGUUAAUAGCUGGUUACGUCUGAUUAAGGGAGACUUUUGAGUACCAUAGUAACCAGUACCAUAGUAACCAGUGGGUUUGAAUAUGAGUAUGUCGACAAGAUAGCAUGGGCAGGUUUUUUUUUAUAUCAGUGAGUCAAUGAGGGAGAGAGAGACAGAGUGAGUGUGGUUUUGUGUGUGUGUGCGUGUGUGUGUGUGUGUGUGUAAGAGAAAUAGUGAGAGGAUGUGAAGAGGAGGAGGUGGGAUCCAAGAGCUAAUGUCCAUUUUUAGAACUAGAAAAAAAAAAGAUUUAACAAAACCUGCAUUAGGAGCUUCAAUCUUCUUCCAUCACAAUUUUAAACAAAACAAAUGCACCAAACUUGCUCAGAAUUUAAUUUAGUUAAGUAUAGAAAAAGGAAUUCUAGAAUACAAAACUAUGAAUAAAUAGUAGUACCAGUGUAACUUGUCAGCCGAUUCGUAGGUUGCUACUGAGGAUAAGACUCAUACGGACUCCUCAAGUAAUCAAACUCUCAGUUAUAAUUGGAGCUUCCCAUUAUAAAAGCUGUCUGUCUGCAGGUGGAGCCUCUGCUCUGUUAUGCAAUACCUUUGGCACCUACACCCAUCCAACCUGCAUUUCUGUUGACCGCCCUCGGGCGGAAUCAGAAACCCAAUAAUCGGUCGGAUAUGAGGUGCACUUACUAUUUACUCAGCAAGUAAUGAUUUCAUUUCCAGCAUCUAGCAGGAAGAGGAAGGAGGUGGAAGGACCUCACCUUCCUCAACAAUUGCCUGUAGGCCAGUCCACACACAGUAGUCAUAGUGAUUAUGGGGAUGUCAGGCCCUUUUUCUAGACCCACGCUGCUCACUGCCACCUUUCUAGAAUAUGCAGAAACAUUUAAUAGUUCCCUUUUUUUGCAGUAUAGACUAUUUUCUGAUACGUCCAGGCUAGAGAUUGUUCUUCCUGCUUCCUUUUGCUAAGUAACGGGUGAUUCGAUACCAGCUGAUCCGCAGAAUUGUAGUUAUGUAGGGGAAUCCUAACGGUGACAGUGUUCUGUAUUAGAGAAAUAAUUAUAAUAUAUAAUUAUAUAUAUAAAUGCUGUAUAGCCAAACCCCUCUCUCUCUCUCUCUCUCUCUCUCUC